CAACAAAGCCUGCCCUAUAAAUAGCAUAGAAGAGGCUGGGAACAGCAGAGAGAACAGUGCCAGCGCAGCAGAGCGGCGGAUACCCAGGACAAUAGCGCCCAGCACACAGGACCAUGCCUUUCCUAGGACAGGACUGGAGGUCUCCCGGCCAGAACUGGGUGAAGACUGACGACGGCUGGAAACGGUUCCUGGAGGAACACAGCAACUUUGUCAGUGACAUCAACAGCUAUUGCCAUGUGGAGAACAACGUGGAGAACAAUAAGGAGAACCUCAUUACUAACCUCAACUACGACAGCGCCGCCAAGAAGAGAAAGAAGGACCUCCUCAACAACAAUACAAAGACACGAUAUUUCUACCAAGAGAAGUGGAUCUAUGUGCACAAAGGAAGCACCAAAGAGCGUCAUGGGUACUGCACUCUGGGUGAAGCUUUCAACCGCUUGGAUUUCUCCACUGCCAUCUUGGAUUCCCGGAGCUUCAAUUACGUCGUACGACUCUUAGAACUGAUUGCUAAGUCCCAGCUGACGUCCCUGAGCGGCAUCGCCCAGAAGAAUUACAUGAACAUACUGGAGAAGGUGGUGCUGAAAGUUCUUGAAGAUCAGCAGAACAUUCGUCUUAUCAAGGAAUUGCUGCAGACCCUGUACACGUCCCUGUGCACACUGGUGCAGGGGGUGGGCAACACUGUCCUGGUGGGCAACAUCAACUUCUGGGUCCACAGAAUGGAGGCCAUCCUGGACUGGCAGCAGCAGCUCAACAACAUCCAGAUCACCCGGCCCACGGGUAAAGGAAUGACCUUAACAGAUCUGCCCUUGUGUCUGCAACUGAACAUCAUGCAGAGGUUGGCGGACGGCAGGGAUAUCGUGUGCCUGGGCCAAGUGUCCUCCGAGCUGCAGGUUCUCAGCGAGGACCGUCUGUUGUGGAAAAAGCUCUGUCAUUAUCACUUCACCGAGCGGCAGAUACGUAAGAGGCUCAUCAUGUCAGAUAAGGGGCACCUUGAUUGGAAGAAGAUGUACUUCAAACUGGUCCGGUGUUACCCCAGAAGAGAGCAGUAUGGGGACACGCUGCAGUUCUGCCGUCACUGUCACAUCUUGUCCUGGAAGGGAACAGAGCACCCCUGCACCGCAAACAACCCAGAGAGCUGCCUGGUUUCCCUGUCACCACAAGAUUUCAUCAAUUUGUUCCGAUUCUGAACCUACUGACCGGGACUUACCAGACUGAACUCCUCGGGGGCUGGGCUUAAGCUGUACAUAGUGUAAAUAUGACACUGAUCGCUGCCUCUGGAAAUGGCGACAUUUAGCGUAAGAGCAUGUGUGAAGAACCUGGCAGAUCUGGAUCCAAGAAGCUGAAUUGGAGGGGCUACUCUUUAUAUAACGUACCCCCGUGAAUGUGGACCCCCAUGAAAUAGGCCAUGACUGAACCAUUAUGGGAUCUACUCCAAAUGGCCCUUUUUUUUUUUUUUUUUUUUUACUGUAAUCUACUAGAACCCCCAUCCAGAGAACUUUUACGCUACAGAUAUUUCUACCUCUUCUUCUCCUUGAAUCAACAUAACUCACCCCUCUUAGAAAGGACCGAGCGCUCAGGUGUGAACAGGUGACCAACAAGAGACAUUUCAAAGAAACGUCGCUGGAAAGAAAUUUGCGUCGCCUGUUGUAUUUGUUGCGUGGUUGCUCUCACACUACGUUCUGUGGUUUGGACUGUUGCAUAGCGUUGUAGUGGUAUGCAUUUCCUCGGUGUCUUAACCUAUUUAAAGGGGAAGCUUUGAUUUCCAUAAAGAAGAGUUAUACAGCACUUUUUUUAGCACAAAUAGUAUGUAUGUGUUCACACAAGAUGCACUUUUUUACUUUUUUAUAUUGGUUUGUCUGUAAGCACAGGAUAGCAGGUUUAUGUAUAUACAGUAUUUGGAAGGGUUAAAGUUAGGAUGGUUUAACAAAAUGGUCAAUAAUCCACUUUACCAGGGGGGGUUAUCAGUAAAUAGAUAUAGCAGAGGUCCUAUGGCUAAAGGUUGGGUGAGGCAGGGGGUCUGGGGGCUUCAUCCAAGCUUUUCAUUGAUGCAACGACAUAAGAUAAUGCAAUGGUGUAAUACACCAGACAUUACUAUAAUAUAUAUAGAUUAUGUACAAAGCAACUCCAUCUAGUGGUUGGUUGUGAAUCCAGGUAUAGCUUUUGUUCCGGGGCCCAGAGACUCUAGGUUAUGGCUUUGCCCUUGGUCACCUCCAGUCUAAGACAUGUUGGGGCUCUUUGUUUCCUGCAUGUCAUAGUCAUGAGUAUGGUGUGACCUGAGUUCUUCCUCUAGACACCUUCAAUAAUGGUCUCAUUGUAGAUCAGAUUACAGUUCUUCAGGACUCUAGGAGUAAGCAGCGUCCAGACAUUACUGGGGGUGGUUUAUCUUCCAGGAGGAGAACAAAAGGAUUGGCGUUACAAUGCCCGACCCUUCUCUCCACCGGACAGGGGAGAGUCAGGAGCUCCCUUGACACAUUAGAUCAUCAGCCAGUCCUUCCAAAAAUGGUAGGUUUGGCUAAAAAUAGCCUUAUGUGUAUGGGGGCCUUUAGAUUUCAAAAGAUCAGGGGUUAUUGGUUCUCAUUAAAGACACCUAGCGGGUGCACAGAGAUUUAUUUUCAGGCAAUGCUCCAUGGGGAAAAAAAGUAUGCAAAUAAUGUCAGCCAACCUAGAGACUCCUCCAAAAUGUCUCUGGUUUUGCUGAUGAGCCAAUUUGCAGACUUCAAGUCACAUAUAUGGGUGAAUAGACUCACUGAUUGACCUUUAGAGAGAGUGGGUGGCAGAGAUCCUCAAGGAGAUGGUGGCAGAGAUCCUCAAGGAGAUGGUGGUAGAGGUCCUCAAAGAGAUGGUGGUAGAGGUCCUCAAGGAGAUGGUGGUAGAGGUCCUCAAGGAGAUGGAAGCCUAAGACAUGUCUCCCUAUAGCUGUAUGGAUGAUGGGUUGAUGGGGGGAAGGGAUCAGUCAUGGUUUGUUGCACAGGAUCUUUGGAGAAGGUUCAAAUAAUUUCCUAGGAAGUCUCCUUAACUUUACUUAUGGGCUCAAGAAUUGGGCAAAAGCUGUAUCUGGACAUGUCCUCACCUGCUGAUGCGUCGAUAAUGGAAACCUGAAGUGCAAAUGGAAGAACAUGUAUAUGUAUAUUCCGCCAGGAGAUUUGAAAUUUUUACUUUGCACGUGACAAACAUUUUUUUCUGUAAAAUUGAAAAUACAAUAUGUAAGGUCUAUAGACUGGUUUUAUGGUGUGCUGAUGACGUCUUCUACAUUUUGGGAUGCUGCGGCUCUGUGAUUCGUUUGGUACAGUAAUUACUAUGUAUAGUGGAUUCUGAAUGUAGAAAUGUCUACAAAAUGUUUCAUGUUUUUAUCAUGUUCCUAUAGUGGCAUAUAAGGCCAUACCAUAGAGUGGCUACUAUGGGACCCCUGGAAAAUGUGGACCCAGCCCUGAUUGGAUUGGAACCCAGCCCUGAUUGGAUUGGGAUCCAGACUUGGUUGGAUUGAGACCCAGUCCUAGUUGGAUUGGGACCCAACCCUGAAUGAAUUGAGAUCCAGACUUGGUUGGAUUGGGACCCAGCCCUAGUUGGAUUGGGACCCAACCCUGAAUGAAUUGAGAUCCAGACUUGGUUGGAUUGGGACCCAGCCCUGGUUGGAUUGGAACCCAGCCUUAUUUGGACACCCAGCCUUGGUUGGAUGGGACCCAGCGCUGAUUUGAUUCGGAUCCAGCCUUGGUUGGACUGGGACCCAGCCUUGGCUGGAUAGGGACCAAGCCCUGAUUGAAUUUGGAUCCAGCCUUGGUUGGAUUGGGAUCCAGUCCUGGUUGGAUUGGGACUCAGUCCUGAUCGGAUUGGGACCCAGCCUUGGUUGGACUGGGAACCAGCCCUGGUUGGAUUGGAGCCCAGCCCAGGUUGAAUUGGGACCCGGCCCUGGUUGAUACCAUCUCGUUGGGUGGCCAUAACCUGUUCAGGACUGCCCUCUCUAGUAGAAAAUACAUUGGAAAGGGGUAUUGGCCCAAGUGUCACGGAUGGGGCAAAACAAACACUAGGCCAUUCUGUCCUAGGUGACGAUACCUGGCACCAUAACACAGGGCCCAUUUUGAUAUGUGGCAUCUACUAUUGUUAUAGGGCAAAUGAGGGGGUGCUUACUUUAGUGCUGAUUGCUAGAGCUGGAGGUGAAGAGGUCCUGUCACCUCUCCUGACAUGUCUUUUUAAGUAGCUACUUGCACUCAUCAUGUAGAGACAAUUCUGGAGCAUCUAUUCUUAUGACUCUAGGUUGUGCCAUUCCUUUAUUAUUCCUGCUAGAAGUAAUGAAUGUACUGGUACUGGUACAGGUCCAGCUGGGUGUUAGCAGUUGGGGGUGUGUCCCUAAACAGUCUGACACUGACAUCACUGAUUGGAUAGUGUCAGAUAGUGCAGGGACACACCCACAACUGUUAACACCCAUCUGGACCUUCAUUGCAAACUGCUAGUAAUUCACUCACAACUUCUAGAAUGAAAAAUAGAAGGAUGCCACGUCAUAAGAACAGAUGCUCAGAACUGUUAUUACAUGGGGGAUGCAAGUAGUUACUAAAACAGGAGAGGUUAGAGGUUCUCUUUAAGAGAGUAACAUUGACGUUACCUAGCAACCACCCUACUUCCUGUCUGGGUGACCACCAUUUGAGUAGGUUGGGUUCAUGUCACAGUUGUGAUGUACUAUUUUUUUGUACCUUUUAAGAAGAUUUUUCUCCAGAUCAUGUCAGACUUUGGAGGUAUAUAUCAUAUAUAUUCUGCAUCCUUAAUAAAUUAGCUUUUUAUUUUAAAGCAGCCAAGAGAUACGGCUUCGUUAUAUUCACUAUCCACCUUAUUUCUGCUGCAGCGCACAGGACUGUCCAUUGGGACUGAUGGUUUCCUGCUCCGAGGGUACGAUAAUGACACGGACCAUAAUGCUGUUCACCCGCCGUGACCUGUGAAAUUUUUACUGUAUGAACUCAUACACUGCAAUAAAACAUGACAUGUUUACAUUCUC